AUGAAUUCAGCUCUCUCGGAGCGAAGGACAGUGAGCUGAGCUGAGUUGAUCGAAAGGGGAGACAGAGACAGAGACACAGAGAAAGAGAGCGAGGAAAAGCCAUGGCGUCUGCAUUGUCCUCGCGGGUGGCUAUCCCCUCUGUCUUCGUCGCCAAGAAAUCAGCUCAAUCGUCGACGAGCGCCAGGAGGAGUGUGGCAGUGUCUUGUGAGCAGCGUUCGUCCUCCGGCUGUGUCACCUGCCAAGUUUCCGAGGAGAAAUGGGUGUCCACGAGACGAGACAUCGUGGGAGGUGCAGCAGCGUUGCUGUCUGGUCUGCUCGCCGCGCCCGCAUUCGCCCUUCUUGAAGCCGACGAUGAUGAUUCUCUUCUGGAGAAAGUGAAGGAGGACAGGCAAAAGCGUCUCCAAAAGCGUGGCGCCGUUGUCUCGUACAAGAAAGAAGCAGAAUCGAUCCAAAAAGCCGUAUAUGAGCUGAGCAAGGCCGGACAGGCGCUUGACUCCUCGGAUUUCUCCACAGCAUCUGCUGUAUUGGGGUCUAAUACGUGGAUCGUCGAUGUUAAAGCUGCUCUGUCAACGGUGAGCAAAAGCGCUGAAGAACAAAGCGAAGCUGACUCCUUUGGCACCGCUCUUGCAUCACUGCAAACAGCCGUGUCCGCAAAAGAUACAGAGGGGUCGAAAUCCGCAUUCGUGGCAUCAGCUAGUGCUCUUGAGAAAUGGUCAUCCUUGACUGGUUUUUCAGAGCAAAUCAAGGGCUUGUGAUUUCUUAUUUGCCGAUAUUUUUCCUCUCAACAUCGCACUGUUAUGGUUUCCUUCAAUUUUUUCUUCUGUAUCACAAUCGGGCUCGAUGCGUGUGAAGAAGUAAAGAAAGAAAAUUUUUAAUCUCAGUGAUCCUUUUUCUGGGUGGAUUCGAGAUGC